UACAAUAAAGAAUAAAGAUCCAUUUAAUAGUAACCGUGUAUCUAACUGUGAGUCUUGAUUAGAACCAUCUAAAUCUAUCUACAUCGAUAUCGAUUACUAUUAUUUGUAUACAAUUACUUUAUCAGUGUACAUUAUCAAUUACUUUACCUAGUAAACUAUUGUUAAUAAGUUAUUAUCUAAAUUCUAAUAUAAACUGUAAUUACAAUAUAUAAUACUGUAAAUAAAAUUUAAAAUAUACAAUAUAUAGGUACUCAAUACUUUUUCAGUCCCCACUAGAGGUAUCAGCCCUUUAGCUCACGCUUAAGCUGUGAGACAAUUAUUAUCUUAUCAUUCUAUCGUGCCGUCUGGAGUUUAAGGAGUGUCAUGUCGUGACACAAAAUUCUGCCCCCUACCCUAUUUACUCUAAAUUAUUCAGUGUAUAUUUUUUUUGAAAUUUUUUAUAUACCUACUUAAUUUAAAAUUUGAACGAGUAAUUUUCAGAUAUUAUGACGUACUAAGGAUAGUACCUAAACCUUAAAAAUGGUUUUACAGAAGUAUGAAAUAUAUGUAAUAUUGGAUCUAUAGUGUUUAUUAUAACGUUUCAGUUAUCAUAGGCCCCAUGUCUCCCAAAUCCAUAAUCAUUGACCUAUUAUCGUUAGAGUACACGUUUGAAUUUUCAUUUUAAAUUUUAAUAUCAGUCUCGCACGGGUAUCGUUACUAAGUACACGUGUUUAACAUCACUCCCGAGUUAUUCGUCGACAACUUUCUCCAAACUCAAUGGAUUUUGUUCUAAUUUGCAGUUAUAAAUAAAUCCAAAAAACUAAUUUCUCGCCUACGUAUGGUUAUCGUUUUCACAGUCACCUUAAACCGUGUCAAGUCUAAAAAGUAAGAAAUUAAUUACUAUUAUCGACUAAUUAAUUACCGCCUCGAGGCACCGCUCAUCCGGUGACCUUUGGACAGUAGAUAAUCGUUAGCGGCACAAUGUCGCGUAAUCAGCCAAUUAAAAAUAAACCUUCCAACGAACGCUCAUCUAUACAGAGUGGUUCAAAAGUCUCAUUGCCUACUAUAAAAAUCGUCAAAACGUCUACCUCCAAUACUUCAAAUAAUAACGGAUACGGUUGGACCGUACAAACCAAACAUUCGUCUUCUCCAGGUACGUCUCCCCACCCAAAAGGGAACAAAACAAACAAUUCUUUCUUUACGCCAAACCGUUACGAAGUUUUAAAGGAUGAUGUCGAAUCCAGCGAAUCCAUCGAAAUUACCACCGAAUCCGUUCCCCAACCACCUCCACCACCGCCAAUCUUUAUCACAUCAACAAUAGAUUACACCGAUUUCUGUAAACAAAUAAAAUCUAUUUCUGGUGAUGAAGGAUUCUUAUGCAAAUCUACAUCUAAAAAUCUCAAACUAUCUUUAUAUUCGUCCAACUCUUUUCGCCAAACAAUCAAAUUGCUAAAUGACAGUUCCAUUAAAUAUCACACAUAUCAAGCUAAAGAAGACAAGCCUUAUCGUGUUGUCUUAAAAAACCUCCACCACUCAAUACCUACAGACUACAUCUCACAAGAAUUAACUGAGCUCGGUUUCUCUACGUUAAUCCGGACAUAUUCAAACUUGAAACUCUGUGCUACUCAAAAAUCAAGAUUGAAAAACCCCAUACCAGACGUGAUCUCCCCCAAUGUCAUCGAUGCCAAAACUAUGGUCAUACUCGUUCAUAUUGUAACCGUAAACCAAGAUGCGUUCGCUGUGGACAAGACCACCUCUCUGACAUGUGUGAAAAAAGCAAAGACCUACCAGCUACUUGUGCUCUAUGCGGUGAAGGUCACCCAUCAAACUAUAAAGGAUGCACGGUCCAUAAACAACUUCAAAAAUCAAAAACCACAAACAUCGCAGAUCAACGCCGCACGAAGCCUUCAAUCACAAAUGCAACAAAUUCCAUCUCCAAUCAACCACACAACUCCGUUCAAGACUCAUCAUCAUCAUCUCAAAACUCAACGGAUCAACACGAAAUUAUUGCCAGUGAAAAUGCAUUUUUUUUUGGCAAUGGCUGGAUUAGCUCCGAUAAUUCCAUUCUUGUCAACAAUGUCGAAGCAAAGGGGCUAUUCGCCAGUCAUCGUCGGUUUAAUCUUCACAGUACUCCCAAUUCCGGGCUUAUUGGUACGACCAAUUACUGGUGUAAUCACAGAUAAAUACAAAUGCCGCAAAUCAGCGUUUAUUUUGAUUAUAGUAAUCAUAAGUAUAUUUAUAAGUAUGCUGAUGUUCAUACCAGGCUCGGCUGUCAAAACAAUAACAGACGAUGAGAAUGUGAUGAAGUCACCGAUGUUUUGGUUAUUUUUCUGCACAAUAACCUUACUCAAUACAGUUUCUAAUGCAAGAACUAUUUUGGAAGACACGAUAUGCGUCGAUUUAUUGGAUGAAGACAAAACUAAAUACGGCCAUCAGAGGAUGUGGGGCGCAAUCGGUUGGGGCACUAUGUCCAUUGUAUCUGGUGUGUGUGUAGACUGGUUCAGUAAAGGACUAGAAUACAAAAACUAUACACCGGGUUUUAUUAUUUCAUUGAUAUGUUAUCUUUUAGAUAUAUAUGUGGUAUCAAGAAUUAUGAUUGUCGAAACCAGGGAAAAUCAAGCUGGACCAUCUGAUAUUAAAAAAGUAUUGACUAAAAUAAGUGUGCUAUCAUUUCUUUUAUGGGUUGUCAUAUAUGGAAUGUUACUUUCAUUUGUAUGGUAUUUUGUAUUUUUGUAUCUGGAAGACUUGUCAAACCUUUACCACCCUGAAAUGAAACCUUACAUAAAGACUAUUCAAGGGUUGUCAUUGACAAUACAAUGCUUCGGUGGAGAAGUCCCAUUUUUCUUUCUGUCGAAUUUCAUAAUCAAACGUAUCGGUUACAUGAACGUGUUUUCUUUGAUGUUCUUGGUGUUUGCUGUCAGAUUCUACCUGUAUUCGAUAAUUAGAAAUCCCGUUUGGGUUUUACCAGUGGAAAUGUUCAACGGAAUAACGUAUGCAUUGGCGUACUCAGCAGCUAUUUCUUACGCAGGGGACUUGGCUCCUGAUGGUGCCAAAGGAACACUUCAAGGGAUCGUCGGAAUGUCAUUGUCGGGUAUAGGAUCGCCCAUCGGUUGCUUCGUUGGUGGUUAUCUAUUUAACCGGUUCGGAAGCAUUACUUCGUUCAAAUUUUUAAGCAUAUUUGCGUUAUUAGUAUGCUUUACUCAAACAAUUGUAAAUCAGUUGAUAAAUCGGUUUUCUAAAAAUAAUAAUACUAAAGGAGAAGUGUCUAAUUAGUUAAUUAAUACUUUUAGGUACUGUUAAUCAUAAAACAAAUAUUAAUCAUAGUAUUAUAUAAAAUUAUAAAAUAGAUUUUGGUAUUUUAUAUUAUAAUUUACUAGCUGGUCCUGCACGACGCACAGUGGUCUGAAAAAUUAUUUUACGUGGCCAAAAUUCUGUUUCAAAAUUUGAUUCCGAUAUAUUUUUUUUAGUUUAACUAUUAUCUAAACGACUAAACAUUCUAGAGCAGUGUUUCCCAACUUUUUUGCCAUGGUGACCUAUAAAUGUCCUAAUUGUUGGGUACGCGACCCCUUCUAAAAAAUAAUCAAGCCAUAAAUAAAUAAUAUUUUUUAUUAUUAUCAAUUGCAUAUAUUUGAAUUGUAAUAUAAUAUAACACUGAAUAAUAAAUACAUGAUGUAAAUAAAUAAAAUAAAUAAUAAAAAAAUACAAAAAAUUAGUAUAAUAUAAUAAUUGCUAAAUGUAUGCAUAAUAUAAA